UAUACACGUGUUAUUCAUUGUGCAUGGUAUGUACUUUUUUCAUGUAUAUCCAUUCUGCUUGCCUAUCUACGCUCUUUCUUCCCGACUAUCGCUUUGCGUCUCUACUUCUCAUUUCUGGUUUCUUUUGUGUUUGUUUCUAUGAUGUUGCUUCCGCUUCUGGUUUGCCUUUCUGUUACACAGGGUAGAAAUGUUCGGCGGCGGUCUAUCGACAGACGGAUGGUUUACGUGCUCUCCCUGAAUAUGUAGACUGUGGCGUCUGUGAUGCAGUCUGCGGUUAUUGUGGUGCUUUUUUCUGGCUUGGAGAAAGAUAUUUGAAUAUGUCUACUCCUCAGCAUCCGAGAUACCAUCGAUGUUGUAAAAGUGGUUCUGUUGCUCUUCCGUAUCCUUCUAGAAUGUCGGUUGAAUUUAUCGGCCUGUUUGCUAACGACCAUUUUUUACGGGACAUUAGAGCUUAUAACAAUAUGUUCUCUAUGACCUCUUUUGGAGCAGAUGUUGAUGAUGAUGUCAAUGAUGGUCGAGGGCCUUUUGUGUUUAUGAUUUCUCGACAAAUUAGUCACAAAAUUGGUUCCCUCUAUCCCGAACCUCAGAAUGGACCACGAUUUCUUCAGCUUUACUUAUUUGACACAGAAAAUGAAGUCGAUAAUAGGUUGAGGAUUUUUGAUGGUCCAAGAAAACCAAAUCUGGAUGAGAGCAUAAUCUUCUUUAUGGUAUGAUCUCCCUUCACCAAGAUCGUUAGGCUACAUUGUUAGUGGUGAUGACAGUAACUGUACUACCUAUGAUAUUGUGGUCUAUUCUAAUUCUGGUCUACUACAGUGUAUUAGCAAGCUUCAUCCCUAUUACAUGCCCUGCAAUAUCCAAUUUUGUUCCCUUAUGGUGAAUAUGGUUGGUCUCCACGGUUGAAAUUGAAAAAUGAGAUUGGUGUCCAUGCUCGGAGUCUUACGGUUAACAUGUAUUAUGCAUAUCAGAUCCAUGCUCGGCAAGGAAUAUGGUCUCCAAUUUUAAGUGCCUCUCGCCUCUUUCAACAAUAUAUUGUGGAUGCAUAUACUUGUAUUGAGGUUGCACG